UCUUCUUUGCUUUUAGGGCUGGAAAUCGUGAAAGGCUAAACGGAGACGGAUUAGAGGCUUCGCCGGCGGUGGGUGUCGGUUAAAGAAAUCAUGGAUAACGAUUUGUAAGGCUGGGUAGUCGAGUACAGAGGCUGAAAAGCGGCGGGUAGGAGAAAAAGAAAGAAGAGAAAAAGUAUUAUCCGAUAUGGUAGGUGGUGUACGUAUCCAGCUCAAUAGAUGGCAGCAAGCUGCAGUUGCAUUUGGUUCAGCAGUAGGCGCCUUGCUGGAUCCACGGCGAGCAGAUCUAAUAGCAGCUCUUGGGGAGACAACCGGAAAGCCUGCUUUUGAAAGGGUUCUUGAAAGGAUGAAAAAAACUGCCGAAGGCAGAGCAGUGUUGUUGGAGCGACCACGUGUGUUAUCAUCAGAAGUUGGGCAUGCAUGGGACCUUCCAUCCAACACCUUUGGAGGUGCAUAUGCUAAUUUUAUGGGUUCCAGGAACUUUUCUCCAGACGACCGGCCUCCUGUUCGAUUCAUGGAUACUGAUGAACUCGAGUAUGUUGCCAUGCGAGCUCGUGAGGUUCAUGACUUCUGGCACACCUUAUUUGGUCUUCCCACGAACUUGAUCGGCGAGUCGGCAUUGAAGGUUAUUGAAUUUGAGCAAAUGCACCUUCCAAUGUGCAUGCUGUCUGUUUUGGGAGGCACAGCAAGAUUCAAUGAGAAACAGAGAAAAUUGUUUUUCCAGCAUUACUUCCCUUGGGCUAUCCGUGCUGGCAUGCAAUGCACAGAUCUCAUGUGUAUAUAUUAUGAGCGACACUUCCACGAGGAUUUGAAUGAUGUGCGGGCGAAAUGGGGAAUAAUUCCUGCACCUCCAUCUCCCUAACGUUUUUGCUUGGCAAGUAAGAUAGAGGUCUGAUUGAUAAUCCAUAGGAAAGCUCAUCUCCAUCCAUCUUGAUGCUUCGAUCAUGGAUGUCAUCAGAAUAUUCUCCUGAUAAGGGUUCGUUCUUGACAUCUUUCUGAAAGUUCACAUGGGAAGAUUGAGACGCCUUUGUUCAUAUCAGAUUGAGUCCUGUCUAUCGAUUAUUAUUGCUAAAUGUGGAGAAUAUUUGUAGUAAUGAGUAUUUGUAGUUAACUAAUUAUUGUUAUUUCUCAAAAGUAUCUAGUUGAGGUUGAAAAAUGAGGCACAAUCUACGGCUUCGCUGGUUAUAAUUUGAUGAAUAUUUUAUUUAAAUAAAUAAAUAGAUAAGAUAAAUUGGUAAUGCA